AUGUGGACAGGGGGGUGCUGUGAGCUCAGGAGGGAGCCCGUUCCAGACCCUCUGGAGGCUCGGUUCACCCACGCAGAUGGUACCAGGGCUCUGGGGAGGUGCCAGCCACAGCCUGGGAUUCGCCUGGCAGCCCUGGAGUUGCCGUGCAUGUCUGUCACUCCCCACGAUCCCUGCUUCACACGGGGAAACCUGAGCCCCUCGCCACCCACACCCCAACACUGCCCCGAGUGCCCGGCACGGGUCAGAACACAGUCCCACGUUUCUUCCUCUAGAACGUGCCAUCCCCUCAGGCACAGAGCUGAUGGCCCGUUUUCAGCCUGA